AUGAUAGGUUAUGUAUUUGGUGCAGCGAGAUCGGGGAAGACGAUAAUAGUUGCUCUCUUUCUAAUGGUUGGUUCAUUUUACAGUGGCUCUCUCUUCGGAAACAACCAACCCCUUUACGUCUCUCAAACUUCUUCUUCUUCUCAGUCUGCUUCUUUCAAAUUUGCAAACAAAAUCGAGCUUACGUACCGAAGAUCACCGUUAGUUGUACCUGAAAUUGGGAUGAAUGUGUGUCCAUUGGAGUUCAAUGAGUAUAUCCCUUGUCACAAUGUCACUUAUGUGCAUCAGCUGCUUCCGAGCUUGAACGUAUCUAGAAGAGAAGAGCUCGAGAGGCAUUGUCCGCCACUCGAGCAGCGUCUGUUUUGCUUAGUACCUCCACCGAAAGAUUAUAAGACACCUAUAAGAUGGCCGAUUAGUAGAGACUAUGUAUGGAGAAGUAAUGUGAAUCAUACACAUCUUGCUCAAGUUAGGCAAAGUUGGGUGCAUGAACAUGGUCAGUUUUGGUGGUUCCCAGGUGGUGGUACUCAUUUUAAGCAUGGAGCUGCAGAAUACAUCCAGAGGUUGGGUAACAUGAUGACUAACGAAACAGGCGACUUGCGUUCAGCGGGUGUGGUACAAGUUCUUGAUGUUGGCUGCGGAGUUGCUAGCUUUGCGGCUUAUCUUCUUCCUUUAGGUAUACAGACGAUGUCGUUUGCUCCAAUAGAUAGUCAUGAAAACCAGAUUCAGUUUGCAUUGGAGAGAGGUAUCGGUGCAAUGAUUUCCGCUGUUGCCACCAAACAAAUGCCAUAUCCUGCAGCCUCGUUUGAGAUGGUUCAUUGUUCGAGAUGCCGUGUUGAUUGGCAUGCAAAUGAUGGCAUCUUGCUUAAAGAAGUUCAUCGUCUUCUCCGACCCAAUGGAUACUUUGUGUAUUCAUCACCACCAGCAUACAGAAAUGAUAAAGAGUACCCAAUGAUUUGGGAUAAAUUGGCUAAUUUAGCUACCGCAAUGUGUUGGAAGCUCAUUUCCCGGCAGGUGCAGACUGCUAUAUGGAUUAAAGAAGAGAACGAGGAGUGCCUUAGGCAGAAUGCAGAGCUAAAGCUCAUAAGUUUGUGUGAUGUGGAAGAUGUCUCGAAACUAUCAUGGAAAGUUGCGCUUAGAGAUUGUGUGCAAAUCAGUGGAAACACAGAAGAGAGACACUCUUCUUUAGCUGAACGUCUUUCUGCGUAUCCAGCAUUUCUAAGAAAAAUAGGCAUCAGGGAAGAUGAGUAUACGUCAGACACAAACUUCUGGAGAGAACAAGUAAAUCAUUAUUGGCGGUUAAUGAAUGUCAAUGAGACUGAAGUGAGGAAUGUGAUGGACAUGAAUGCAUUUAUUGGUGGGUUUGCAGCUGCUAUGAACUCGUAUCCCGUCUGGGUAAUGAACAUAGUACCCGCUACCAUGAAUGAUACCUUGUCUGGAAUUUUCGAGAGGGGCUUAAAUGGCGCUUUCCAUGAUUGGUGUGAGCCGUUCUCAACAUAUCCGCGCACAUACGAUUUGCUGCAUUCGGACCAUGUCUUCUUUCACUACCAAAGUCAUGGCGAUGGUUGUUUGCUAGAGGAUAUCAUGCUUGAGAUGGAUCGCAUAAUUCGCCCACAGGGGUUUGUCAUUAUAAGGGACGAGGAAUCAAUAAUCUCAAGGAUCCGAGACUUGGCUCCUAAAUUCCUCUGGGAAGUGGAAACUCAUCAGCUGGAAGACAAAUACAAGAAGAUAGAAACUGUUCUAUUUUGCAGAAAGAGAUUUUGGGCUAUCAUCUGA